AUGUCUAAGGCCAUCUAUGCUGAGCCAGAUAUGACCACGAAGAAAACAUUGUUGGAGAUGUCUGAUGCCAUCUAUGCUGAACCAGAUAUGCCCAAGAAGAAAACAUUGUUGGAGAUGUCUGAAGCCAUCUAUGCUGAGCCAGAUAUGACCAAGAGAUUUGACAGAGGUGAGAUGGAGGAAAUGAUUGUGGAUAUCUACGUCAGUGCAGACACCCUGAGAGACGGUGAGACCAGCACCAAGAGAGAAGAGACAGCAGACACUGCUCCUAAUAAUGGACCAGGAGACCAGAACUCAGGCCAGCUAGAGUCCAGUUACAACAACCUGACUGAGGAGAGAGGCCAGCUAGAGUCCAGUUACAACAACCUGACUGAGGAGAGAGGCCAGCUAGAGUCCAGUUACAACAACCUGACUGAGGAGAGAGGCCAGCUAGAGUCCAGUUACAACAACCUGACUGAGGAGAGAGACAAUGUCCAGGCUGGGCCCCUGAGCAAGGAGACACUCCUAAGCAAGUACCAUGAUGUCUUCAACGCACCGGUCGAGUCAGUUCCCGGCGAAGUCCACUUUGAGUUGGACGCAGCAAUCCAGCCUGUCCAGUGUGCACCCCGCGAUGUACCAGUGGCCAUGAAAGCAGCUACAAAGGCUCAGCUUGACAAAUACGAAGCAGAUGGCCACAUGAUAUCCGUCACCGAGCCUACAGACUGGAUAAGUAAUAUGGUCAUCGUCAAGAAACCAGACAGGCUACGGAUAUGCAUUGAUCCUAAACACCUCAACCGGGCUCUGAGACGCUCAAAUUACAUUAUGCCCACGUUGGAGGAUGUUCUUUACAAGCUCCCAAAGGCCAGAGUCUUCACGCUCGUGGACGCCAGAGAUGCCUUCCUGCAGUGCAAGCUCGACGAGCCCUGCAGCUACAUGACCACCUUUUGGACACCCUGGAGCAGGAAGAGGUGGUUGAAGCUCCCGUGGCUCCAGAGGUCAGAUGACAUCCUUGUAGUGGGCUGUGGGGAGAGUGAUGAGGAGGCAGAAUGUGACUAUGAUGCCAAGCUGCUGGCCCUGAUGGUCAGAUGCAGACAGGUCAAGCUAAGGCUAAGCAUAAAAAAGCUUCAGUUUAAAGUGCCAGAGGUCCGCUUUCAUGGGCACAUCUUGUCCUCCACUGGAUUGAAGGCGGAUCCUGAAAAAGUGAAGGCUGUCUUGGAAAUGCCCCACCCAUCUGACGUGAAGGCAGUGCAGCGCUUCGUCGGAUUCGUCACCUACCUGGCCAAGUUCCUACCGCGGCUCUCUGAAGUGUGUGAGCCACUAAGGAGGCUCAUGGACAAGGACACCAUCUGGCAUUGGCGCCCAAAACAUGACUCAGCGGUGAGGGAAAUAAAACAACUGGUCACCCAGACACCUGUACUGCGAUACUACGAUGUGUCAAAACCUGUCACGAUUCAGAGUGACUCAAGCCAGUAUGGACUUGGCUGUUGCCUCAUGCAGGAGGGCCAGCCUGUGGCAUUCAACUCUAGGGCACUCACCCCAACAGAGCAGAACUAUGCCCAGAUAGAGAAGGAGUGCCUCAGCAUUGUGUUUGCAUGCCAACGCUUCCACCACUACCUGUACGGGCGCGACAAUAUUACCGUAGAGACGGAUCACAAGCCCCUUAUUGCUAUAUUCAGCAAGCCUCUCCUGAAUGCCCCGAAACGACUGCAGAGCAUGCUACUGGCCCUACAAAACUACAACCUCAAGGUGGUGUACAAGCCAGGGCCAGAGAUGUAUGGCCAGCCAGAUAGGGUAAUUUCAGACAAUGGACCCCAAUUCUCCGGAGUUGAGUUCCGAAAAUUUGCUGCAGAUUGGGAAUUCGAGCACGUCACUUCAUCACCACGACACCCAAAAGCUAAUGGGAAGGCGGAGUCCGCAGUCAAAAUCGCAAAGAACCUCUGCAAAAAAGCUCUGCAAGAGGACAAAGAUGCCUGGAAAGCAAUCCUGCAGUGGCGCAAUACCCCGACAGAGGGCAUGGAUAGCAGCCCGGCCCAGCGCCUCAUGGCACGGCGCUUAAAAGCAGCUCUGCCAGUAGCCAGCACUCUCCUGGAGCCAUGUGUGGUGACAGACGUGCUGGUGAAGCUACGUCACAGAAGACAGGUCUCCAAGUUCAUCUAUGACAAAUCAGCAAAAUACUUACCCGAGCUCAGGGUGGGUGAAACGGUGCGGAUGAAGCCACUACCAGGGGACCGGACUGGCCUCUGGAGACUCGGAUCCUGUGUACAGAAAGUGGCACCACGCUCCUACUUGGUCGAGGUGAAUGGAUCACUGUACCAUCGUAACAGGGUUGACCUUCGGAUUGCUGAGCCAGCACCUACUCAGAACCCUGAUGGUCAAAGUGGUCGCAUGACAAAAGACAGAACCCCAGCAAGUCACAUGGGGCCUGAGGCACUGGGCGAAGAGCCAGGGGAUCACAGGUCGGCCGCUCCCUCGCCCAUCAAUACUCCCCUUGGACAGUCAGAUAACAGAGGCAAUGAGACUGCAGCGAGAGACCAGCUACAGACCAGUUACAACACCCUGACUAAAGAGAGAGUCCAGCUAGAGACCAGUUACAACACCCUGACUGAAGAGAGAGGCCAGCUACAGACCAGUUACAACACCCUGACUGAAGAGAGAGGCCAGCUACAGACCAGUUACAACACCCUGACUAAAGAGAGAGACCAGCUUCAGAAGGAAAGAGAUGAUCUCAUGAGAAAGUUCUCUAAUCUGAAACAAACCUGUCCUGAAGGCUGGCAGAAGUUUAACUCCAGGUGGUACUUCCUGUCUACAGUGAAAAAAACCUGGGAGGAGAGCAGAGAGGACUGUCUGGAGAGAGGAGCAGACCUGGUGAUCAUAAACAGUGAUAAGGAACAGCAGUUUCUCUUUGGCCUCAAUAAGGGAGUCUGGAUUGGUCUGACUGACUCUGUUACUGAGGGGACAUGGAAAUGGGUGGACGACACCCCACUGACCACCCCAAGUUACUGGCACUCACAGCAGCCUGAUAAUGGUCGUGACGACCCAAAAAAUGGGGAUGAGGACUGUGUUGAGCUGAACACAGAAACCUGGCCUCCUGCAAAGGCAUGGAACGACCAGUCAUGUUUAGACAAUCGUCAAUGGAUUUGUGAGAAGGUGUUAAGAUGGCCGGCAUACAUCAACAAAAAGGUGAUUGAAUUAAAUGAAGUUAAUGAACAAAACCAGAACAGAGCAACGAGGAGCGUGAAGACUGAGACCCAUCUCUCAGAUAGAAGACUAAGACUCUACAGGCUGGCUGCUGUGUGUUUAGGAGUGCUGUGUGUUCUACAAGUCAUUCUCAACAUCUCCCUGAGACUGGCUUUCUAUAACAGAGGCAAUGAGACUGCAGAGAGAGACCAGCUACAGACCAGUUACAACACCCUGACUGAAGAGAGAGGCCAGCUACAGACCAGUUACAACACCCUGACUGAAGAGAGAGUCCAGCUACAGACCAGUUACAACAACCUGACUGAAGAGAGAGGCCAGCUACAGACCAGUUACAACACCCUGACUAAAGAGAGAGACCAGCUACAGAAGGAAAGAGAUGAUCUCAUGACAAAGUUCUCUAAUCUGAAACAAACCUGUCCUGAAGGCUGGCAGAGGAUUAUCUCCAGGUGGUACUUCAUCUCUACUGAGACUGCAACCUGGAAGGAGAGCAGAGAGGACUGUCUGAAGAGAGGAGCAGACCUGGUGAUCAUAAACAGUGAUAUGGAACAGCAGUUUCUCUUAAGCUUCAAUAAGAGAGCCUGGAUUGGUCUGACUGACUCUGUUACUGAGGGGACCUGGAAAUGGGUGGACGGCACCCCACUGACCACCCCAAGUUACUGGUACUCACAGCAGCCUGAUAAUGGCCGUGACUACCCAGAAAAUGGGGAGGAGGACUGUGUUGAGUUGAACACAGUAACAUGGCGUCCUGUAAAGGCAUGGAAUGACCAAUCAUGUUUACUCAAUCGUUACUGGAUUUGUGAGAAGGUGGUUUAACAACACCAUGACAACAGAGGAGGCUGGUGGGAGGACGCGCACACAUACAGCACCUUACACAUGUACACAACUUCAUUCUCUCUCUCUCUCUCUAAGACACACACACCAACACACUGUAGGUACUGUACUGGGGGAUAAAACAACCUGAUAAUUGUGAUGUACCAGGAUAGACUGUAACUAGGACUGUGCUGAUGGUAAUAUUGGGUAUUCUGAGCCUGUAGAUAAAUAUUAUGACAUAGCAUUUACCUAUACAGUAGCUCAUUAUAUAGAGUGCUACAGUAUCUCUCUCUAGUUAAACAGUGUGUAGACAUACUGUCAUCUGUAAAAUGCUUGCAUUCAUUAUUUUAAAAAGAAACAUGUUAUGUGAUUUGCCAUAGGCUUGUGCUUUUUUCAUAAUCAAUUAUUAGCAUAAAUCUCUUUAGUUCAUCUUCUUACUAAGGCUCAGAUUAAGUAAGAAAGGAACCUAGCAGGUUUACCAGCUUCCUGAUUGAAUGUGAUUGGAUUGUUUAAACAAUGUGACUUGCAGUUGGACACAGACAGAAGGCAGAACAGUACUGAGAGGAUACACACUGCACGCAGGCAAACACACACACAGACACACGUGUGAAGUUCCCCUUUUCUGAUAAAGAUGCAGACAGAUGUCCCACACACAUCUCUGACUAACUUUUCACACUGAUGUCACACACACACACACACACACACACAGCAUAGAUAAAAGAAAAAGGCCCCUAUCGAUGGCAUAGAGAGAGUACGAGCCAUAAUGUGAACUCCAUUUGAAGGCUGUGGAAGCCACAAACAGGCCUAUCAAAGUGAUAGGAUGAAAGGCUGCACUCGACACUACUUGUUGUGAAGCAGCUAUCAUGUUAUAUCACUGUGUUUAGAAUAUCCUGUGAGGUCUAACAACUUCCUGCUUGAAGGUGAUUGGAUUCUUAAAACAUUCUAUCAACUGUAGUGGACCACAGACAGACAACAGAGAGGAACCUGGUGGAGAUGCACAUCAGAGUAACUACUCAACUACUAGUCACUGAAGUUAGAAUCAUACAGUAGAUAUUACCAUUAGGAGUCAGUUAGAAAGGUAAUCAUACAGUAGAUAUUACCAUUAGGAGUCAGUUAGAAAGGUAAUCAUACAGUUAGUUAACUUCUUCAGAAUCCUGAAUUUCCACCUGUCUGACGUGCCCAAAGUAAACUGUCUGUUACUCAGUCCCAGAAGCUAGGAUAUGCAUAUAGAAACACUCUGAAGUUUCCAAAACUGUUAAAAUAAUGUCUGUGAGUGUAACAUAACUGAUAUGGCAGGCGAAAACCCGAGAAAAAUCCAUCCAGAAUCCAUCCUUUUUGGGAGGACACAGCCACUUUCAAUUGAAGUCUAUUGUCCAUUCAAAUGAAUAGGACCCAGAUUGCAGUACCUAUGGCUUCCACUAGAUGUCAGCAGUCUUUAUACAAGGUUUCAGGCUUGUUUGUUGAAUAAUGAAGAAGUAGUAGAGGAUAUUCCAGAGGAAGUACAAUAGGUUUGUUAGUGUUUUUGCGCACGUGAAUGAGUGUGCGCACUUUGUUCUUCAUCAGAUGACAACCCUAGGACAUUAUGUUAUACAAUACAUGCAUGUUUUGUUCAAUCAAGUUCAUAUUUAUAUCAAAAAACAGCUUUUUACAUUAGCAUGUGACUAGCACGUUGUUACACAGGUAGGUGAAUCUUUAAGGUUCCGGUGAAUUUACUAAAUUACUCACGAUAAACGUUCACAAAAACCAUAACAAUUAUUUUAAGAAUUAUAGAUACAGAACUCCUUUAUGCACUCGCUAUGUCCGAUUUUAAAAUAGCUUUUCUGUGAAGGCACAUUUUGCAAUAUUCU